AUGCUUUCUCUUACCAGCCGUCCUCACUGCGGCUUCAGCCGCUCAGAAAUCGCAGCCGCGCUUAGAUUAAGCCCGGGAUCGCAAGCACAGAAACACGGGGUGCAACAACAGCAACCAUGGAAUCGACGAAUCGUCAUAUCGGCAGCGGGGAAAGGAUCAAAGGCAAAGACUGCGUCGAGUGGAGGCUUCGGCGCGAAGACCAAGGCCGGGGUGAAAGCGGCGGCCACGCCUAAAAUCGACGCGGCUGCGCUCCUAAGGCGCAGCGAGCAACAGUACCACCAGCUCCUAUGCGACUACCAUCAGCAAUACCAUUCCCAGUCAGAAAAUGCAGAAGCGUCCUCUGCAGAUUCCUUUCCGGAAUCCCCGGGGCUAAGGGAGUACGUCAUUUGCGUCAGGCGAAUGCAGCAGUCGGGUGCCACGUCAGCGGGACCUUCUGCUGACGUGGCCCUCUCUGAUUGGCUUCCUGUAGUGGAGCUGAUCCUGGUUUCAGAUGAAGAAGCAGCGACGGCCAUGCCUAAAGUGUUGCCGCACGUGUGCAGGUUGAUAGCAGAGAGCGCAGGCUCAUUUGUCAGCUCAGUGCCACGUCACCUGCUGGAAUAUGCAUACGAGAGUGCAGAGAGCUUCUACGACGAGGUGGUAACCGCCAUGCUCGGCACCUCGCCCACGUCGUCCACAGGCGGUGACAAUAAAGGGGCGGAGGAGCAUUCCUGCCCCUACUCCAUCCUCGGCAUUGCCAAGAGCGCUGCUCCCUCCCAGAUCCGGGCGGCGUACCGCUCACUGGCAGCCAGGCAUCACCCAGACAGGCACAACACGCAUGACGACAAGGCCUCUGCAGAGGCCCAGUUUAUGAAGAUUACCGAGGCUUAUGAGCGAAUCAAAAGGGGCGGCCACGUGUCCGUUGGUGCAUCUUCUGCUGGAACCUAUGCUUCAUUGGGAGGUGGCAAACGGGAGGGACUAAGCCCAGCACUGCAAAUCCGACCAAGCCCACUAAACGAGAAACUACCUCCUGGAGUGACGGUUGCUGUUAGAGGGCUGGAGCCUGAAAUAGUAGAGCUUUUCUUGGCGCAAGCAACGCGACGAUCUCGAGCAGCAGCUGCAGUUGCUGCUACGAGUGUGUCUGGUCUUGCCUUCGUCCAGCAUUCUGGGUGGUAUCGAGAGUGUUGGUUUCGCGUCAUGGAGCAGUAUGAGAAAGUCGAGAAAAUUGGAGAAGGGACGUACGGUGUCGUGUACAAAGCGCGUGAUAGACUGACCAAUGAGACGAUAGCGCUGAAGAAGAUUCGGCUAGAAGCCGAAGACGAGGGUGUCCCAAGCACGGCUAUUAGAGAGAUUGCACUGCUGAAGGAGAUGCAGCACGGGAAUAUUGUCAGGCUUCAAGAUGUUGUGCAUGCUGACCGAAGGUUGUACCUUGUCUUCGAGUACCUCGAUCUGGACCUCAAGAAGCAUCUUGAUACUAGUCCUCACAUUGCGCAGGACAGGAUGAUUAUCAAGUCCUACAUGUACCAGAUUCUUCAAGGAGUAGCAUACUGCCACGCUCACCGUGUUUUGCACCGGGACUUGAAGCCUCAGAACCUUCUCAUCGACCGUCAGACGAAUUCCUUGAAACUCGCUGAUUUCGGCCUUGCCAGGGCGUUCGGGAUUCCAGUGCGGACGUUCACACACGAGGUCGUGACCCUGUGGUAUAGGGCCCCAGAAAUCCUUCUGGGUUCAAAUCACUACGGAACGCCUGUGGACAUCUGGUCUGUUGGUUGCAUCUUUGCGGAGAUGAUAAAUCAGCGCCCCCUAUUCCCAGGAGAUUCCGAAAUUGAUGAGCUGUUCAAAAUAUUCAGAUUGUUGGGAACGCCAAAUGAUGAUAAUUGGCCAGGGGUUUCACAACUUCCUGACUACAAAACAUCGUUUCCUCAAUGGACAGCCAAGGAUCAUCAGUCCAUUGUGCCAACGUUGGAAAAGAGCGGAAUAGAUCUUUUGUCGAAAAUGCUUUGUCUUGACCCAAGUAAGCGUGUCACUGCACGAGAAGCACUUGAGCACGAGUACUUCAGGGAUUUGUUAAAUCUGGCUGGUCGUUGA